AUGUUCAAGCCACAGCCUGAAAUAGGUAGGUAUUUUCGCUCAGACUGUCUGGAUACAAUCAAUGCAAGUGUCAAGGACCUGCCAACGAUCAACAAGAGAAUUGAUAAUUUGAAAAAUGAAACCAAGGAACUGAAAAAACAAAUCAAUGAAAACGCACCAAGUUAUGCUCAGAUGAUUGCCGACACUACAAACCUGAAAAGGCAAGUUGAAGAACUCAAUACUGAGGUCACAGCACAAAAAACCAUGUGUAAAAAUCAACCCCCAUCAGGGGAUCGCCCCACAAUUGAGCCAAUUGAGACAAAAACGAUCUUCAAAUGUACUGAUCUUUGGAGCAAAAGAAAGCAACAAUCAAAAUGA